AUGGAUGAAGAAUUAAUUUACAUGAUUGCAUCUUGUGAUACUUCAAUUAAAAUUUAUAAUUUUGGAAAUAAUCAAUUAUUAAAAAUAUUUAAUACUGAAUAUGAAACUUAUUUAAGUAGUUUACAAAUUAUAUUAAAAAAUAAUGAUAUUACAAAUAAUAUAUUAAAUUGUUAUUUAAUUACUAAAGGUGUAAAUUCAAAUGAAGAAAUUUCAUCUAAUAAUGAUAUCCAUUUAAGGAAAUUAAAUUUAAAUUUAAAGAAAAUUCAAGAUUCAACAUUGGAAACAUUACAUACAUUUCAACAUGAUGAUUAUUAUUGUAAUUCAUGGAUGGCUAAAUGUAAAUAUUUUAAUGGUUAUUUAUUUGCACCUACCUGUUAUGGUAAAUUAUUUAUUUGGAAUGUACAUACUAAACAAUUAUGUGCCAUUUUAAAUGAUCAUUCAGAACAUGCCUAUAUUAGAAAUACACUUGUUAUUAAUCAAUUUGAUAAUAUGAAUAAUACUAAUAAUAAUUGUAAUGGAUUUUAUUUAUUUACAAGUGGAGAUGAUAGUAUUACUAAUAUUUAUGAAACAACGUCAAUUAAUAAUAAUAACUUAUCAACCCAAAGAUUGGAUCAAGUUUAUAAAGUUUAUAAUAAUAACACGACCCUUACAUCUUCAAGAAAGAAAUAA